UCUGAAAGCACUACACCCGUCUUUUCCUCCCCAAAGAGCUCCUCUCCCUGGAGGACCAAGCUUUUGUGUGUUCUUAAAAAAAAGAAGGGUGUCAUCUCCAAAACCACCUUUAGAACCCAGCUCUGGCUUGGAGAGGUUGCAGCACAACCCAUGGACCACGCUCCUGUGCUCAUCUCUCAGGUGUUCGUCUCAGUGCUGGGAAGUCCCCUGAAUCAGUCCGCCUGGCCCCGGGUGGUCGGUCAGGACAUUUGCAGGCACCUUGAGCAUCUGUGCAGUGAAGCAGUCACACUGAGAGGGCGAGCACAAGGACGAACUCUACUGCCCCUGCCGCUGUGUGUGGAGAGAAAAGAUGAGCACCAGCUCAGAUCGGAUUUCUGUCUGAUUGACAGGGCGUUAUUGUACUCCAUUGAGACCAUGGUGAUCCAGUGGUGUGGACUGAUGGGCUCUGUGCUGCAGCGGGACUCGUCUAAGCUCCUGCACCAGGGGGACCACCCAGGCCCCACGGUGGAGCUCAGUUUCUGGACUAAACAGAAAGAAAACUUAUUAGGGAUCCAGAAACAGCUGCAGAACCCAAAAGUUGAUCAGGUGCUGGAAAUUCUGCUGAGGAUCAAGAGCAGUUACUAUGAUUCCUUUUAUGGCAUUAUUCAAAAAGUCAACCAUGCGGUGAUGGAGGCAGAAGACAUAGACCUACACUUGAGGAACUUACGGCGGCCCAUAGCUGCGUUCGAGGAGCGGAGCUUCACUGAUCUGGAGCCUCUGAUCCCCGCUCUGUUUCACACACUUGCUCUCAUCUGGACACACUCUCACUUCUACUGCCGCCCACCACGCAUCGUCACGCUACUCACAGAGUUCUGCAACCUACUCAUUGACAAGGCGUCUGUGUAUCUAAUUCCUGAGGAGCUCUUCAAAAUGGAGUUAGAGGAGGGUAUGGACCGGGUUCGGAAGGCCAUCCAGGUGUUUUGGACAUUCAAGCGGAAUUUCCAGCAGCACAGAGACAAACUGACACCCACUGGACCAUAUGGCCGUCCAGGACUUGCGGUCAAACCAUGGGACUUUCCCUCUGAGCUUGUGUUUCACCGCACUGACUGCAUCAUGGAGAGACUGCGCAUGAUUGAGGAGUUGUUUGCCUCAGCUCUGGACUUUCUAAAGCUGGAACGGAUUGAGCUGGGCGGCUCUAGAGGAAAGAUUCUCAGUGAUAUGGUGUACAGCAUGAAUGACGAGUUCAUGGACAGCUGGAGAACUUUGAGAGAGAGCAAAUAUGAUCCACUUGACUACAACAACAAGGAGUUUGUGUGUGACUAUAAUCGAUUCAUGGAACAGAACAGAGAUUUUGACCAAAGGCUGGGAACAGUAAUAAACUUGGCCUUCCAACACUCCCCAGGCUUAGAGUCUGCUUUUAAGCUCCUACAGAUCUUUGGUACUCUGUUGGAGAGGCAGAGGGUUCACCAGCUUUUUGCUCCAAACUACUCUCAGCUGCUGGUCAUGUUCCAGGAGGAGGUCAACCUCUGUCAGCACAUGCUGGAAACCCACAGAGAGAAGAUGAGGAACGGCUGUCCUGUCCUUGGUAAAAACAUGCCAGCCGUUGCUGGUAACCUGAAAUGGUCUCAAGAACUCAGAGAACGGAUCCUGUCAAACCGCAGUAACCUCAGCCAGCUUACACAUAUGCCAUUAGACAGUCCUGAGGCACAACAGGUGUUGCAGGUGUGUGAGUGUGUAUUGGAGGUUCUGGAUCAAAUGGAUGAAGAAGUCUACACUAAUUGGAGUGUUGAUUUAGAUGAGUUGUGCCACACACAUCUGAAUGAACCACUGCUGAUAUUGGAUGAGGAGAGCAGCUUUUACUGCGUGAACUUUAACCCUGCUUUGACAUCUGUUUUGAGGGAAGUUAAGUAUCUUGGAAUUCUGAAGAACCACAACAUUCCCAAGGCUGCUGUGAGUCUGUACUCUAAAUGGGAAAUGCUUCACAUGUACACCAGUACUCUGUUCCAGAUCACUCAGUGGUAUAAUAAACUGCAUAGCACAAUCCUGGCUGUUGAGCUGCGUUUGGUAGAGUCGGAGCUGGAGGAAGUGAGGUGUACCUUAAUGCCAGCGUUAAAGGAACUGCGGUGGAGUGAUGAGCAGCUCGCUGACUACAUCAAGAGCACACGUGAUUUGGUGCGUGGUGUGUCGGAGCGUGUGCAGAAGAGCAAGGCUAACUUGGAGAAACUGCAGGGGCUGAUGGGAGUUUUCAGUCACUCUGCCUGCAUUACGCGUAGGACUAAUCGUCGUGGCAAUCUACUCAACCUCACAGACGUAGAGGAGAACUUCAAGCGGCAGUACGCUCUCGUCUCUCGCACGGGAGAGAAGAUACUUGAGCUUGUGCAGGAGAAUGCUGAGCUGCUUGGUGCUGAUUUGGACUCAGAUGCUUGGCAGUCCUACACAGAACAUGUGGACAGAAACAUUCUUACUGGGUUCUGCAGUGCUGUGCGAUGUUCCCUGCAGUACUUGGUUGAGAACACGGACCCGGCGCUCCACAUCGAUCCUCUGUUCGAAGUUCAGCUGACCUUGACCUCUGACAUGACCUUUUACCCCUCGCUCAACCUCUCCAAGAAGGGCAACUUCUAUGAUAUCAUUGACCAGAUGGUGUCAGAUAUUUUUAAAAUGGCUUCUUUCAUGAAAAGAGUGGCCAAGAGCAAACAAUCUGAGACUUACAAGGCGGAUGUAGAUCAGAUACCUGAGCUAGUGGAGUUAGCUCAGCUGGUGCGACACCGUGCACGCGGGGCCAUUGCUAAGGUCAAAGAAUUCCAACAUUCCUUCGAUUCCUAUCGUUACCUCUGGACUGGAGACAGGGUGGAGUUUAUGAGGCAGUUUCUGCUCUAUGGACACGCCCUCUCUGCAGAGGAGGCGGAGCUUUAUGCAGAUUAUGAACUGCCCAAGAAUCCACCCAAACUGCAGAACUUCAGAGAGCAGAUCAGUGAGUUUGAGGAACUUUACGAGAAGGUGCGCGUAUUAGAGGAGAAAAGAGUAUUCUGUGGCUGGUGUCAGGUGGACAUAAAACCUUUUAAAAUAUCGCUGAUGAACAUCAUUAAAAAAUGGAGCUGGAUGUUUAAGGAACACUUACUGAACCAUGUUAAUGCCAGUGUGCAAGAGUUAGGAUCAUUUAUUGAGAAUACAGAGAUUGGGUUAGCAAAGACUGUAACCGAUGGGGAUUAUGGCAAACUGGUGGACAUCAUGGGCCACUUGAUGGCCAUCAGAGACCGCCAGGGGAGUACAGAGCAGCAUUUCAAACCUCUCAAAGCUACCUCGAACCUGCUCAAAACCUACAACCAGCAGCUUCCUGAGCAUGUUUACAUACUGUUGGAGUCCCUGCCGGAGAAAUGGAAGAAUCUUAAGAAGGUGGCAUUUACAGUAAAACAUGAGGUUGCUCCUCUCCAGUCCAAUGAAGUUGCUGUAAUCCGCAGGAAGUGUGUUCGGUUUGAGGUUAAACAGCAUGAAUUCAGGGAACAAUUCCGCACUGAGCCCAUAUUCUUUAUCAGCCUGGAGGAGCCAUACAAACUCAUCGACAAGACAAAUCGUGCGGUGGCUCAUUUGGAGAGUGAGAUGUCUAAGCUUCAACAAACAGCCAAUCUGUUCGAGGUCAGUUUCCCUGACUACAAACAACUUCGACAGUGUCGGUCAGACAUCAUCCUGGUUAAAGCAGUCUGGGAUAUGGUUAUGUUUGUCAAGUCCUGCAUCUCAGACUGGACUAAGACUCCAUGGAAGGAGAUCAAUGUGGAACAGAUGGAUAUGGAGCUCAGAAGGUUUGCUAAGGAGAUGAAGACUCUGGAUAAAGAUGUGCGUGCGUGGGAUGUCUAUAACGGCCUGGAAUCCAUUGUUAAGAAUUUGUUGACAUCACUGAGAGCUGUCAAUGAACUUCAAAACUCUGCUGUCCGAGAGAGACACUGGCAACAGCUCAUGCACACAACGGGGGUGAGUUUUGUGAUGGAUGAGAACACCACACUUGGUGAUCUCUUAGAGCUGCAGCUCCACCGUGUGGAGGAAGAAGUGAAGAACAUUGUGGACAAAGCAGUCAAAGAGAUGGGAAUUGAAAAGAUUCUGGGUGAGAUCCAGCAGACGUGGUCCAUGAUGUCUCUGUCGUAUGAGACGCACACAAGUACUGGAACACCUCUGCUCAAAGCUAAUGAGAACCUGAUUGAAACCCUGGAGGACAACCAGGUUCAGUUGCAGAAUAUUCUCAUGAGUAAGUAUGUGGAGUAUUUCAUAGUCGAGGUGAGCGGCUGGCAGCGGAAGCUGGUGGUGGCUGAUCUGGUCAUUGGUACGUGGUUGGCGGUUCAGCGCACAUGGGCUCACCUCCAAAGUAUUUUCACCAACUCUGAGGACAUCCGGAACCAGCUGGCCCAUGACGCAGAGCGGUUUCAGGGCAUCCACCAGGACUUCCAGGGUUUAAUGAUCACAGUUGUGGAGACCAAUAAUGUGAUAAAAGUCACUAACCAGCCAGGCUUCUUGGAGCAACUUGAGACUCUUCAGCAAAGAUUGUCUAUGUGCGAGAAGGCUCUGGCUGAGUAUUUGGAGACAAAGCGUUUGACAUUUCCACGCUUUUACUUUGUCUCGGCUAGUGACUUGCUGGAAAUAGUUUCUAAGGGAACUCAGCCUAGACAGGUGACACGACACCUGCUGAAGCUUUUUGACAAUCUGGCUGACCUCCGCUUCAAAGAGGAUGAUGAUGGAGCCACUGAUCCCAAAACAACUGUUGCCUUGGGAAUGUACAGUAGAGAGGGAGAAUAUGUGCCCUUCUCACAACCCUGUGUGUGUGAAGGACAGGCCGAGUGUUGGCUGAGUACUCUAGAGAAGGCCAUGCGCUCCACUGUUCGCCAGGAGAUCUCUGAAGCUGUGGCAGCAUAUGAAGACAAGCCACGAGAUCAGUGGCUGUUUGACUACCCGGCACAGGUCGCACUGACUGGCAGUCAAAUUUGGUGGGCGAUAGAUGUGGGCAUUGCCUUUGAGAGGGUGGAGGAAGGUUUUGAGACUGCCCUGAAAGACUACAACCGAAAACAGAUCGGUCAGCUGCACUCUCUGAUACACAUGUUACUGGGUGACCUUACCCCUGGAGACCGACAAAAGAUCAUGACCAUCUGCACUAUUGAUGUCCACGCUCGUGAUGUAGUCGCUAAACUCGUAUCUCAGAAGGUGACCAGUGGACAGGCUUUUGCGUGGCUGUCACAGUUACGGCACCGAUGGGAUGAGCAGCAGAAGCACUGUUACAUCAACAUAUGUGACGCACAGUUUCAGUUCUCGUACGAGUAUCUGGGGAAUACCAACAGACUGGUCAUAACACCACUUACUGACCGAUGUUACAUCACUCUGACUCAGUCUCUGCACCUCACCAUGAGUGGCGCCACCUCUGGUCCUGCCGGAACUGGGAAGACAGAAACCACCAAAGACCUUGGCCGAUCGCUCGGCAUUAUGGUCUAUGUGUUCAACUGCUCCGAGCAAAUGGACUACAAGUCCAUAGGGAAUAUCUAUAAAGGUUUGGCCCAGACGGGAGUGUGGGGUUGCUUUGAUGAGUUUAACAGGAUCUCUGUGGAGGUUCUGUCUGUGGUUGCUGUGCAGGUGAAAACCAUUCAGGAUGCAGUUCGCAACAAGAAACAGAGGUUCCACUUCCUGGGGGAGGAGAUUGAGUUAAGGCAAACAGUUGGGAUCUUCAUCACUCUGAACCCUGGAUAUGCAGGGAGGACUGAACUACCAGAAAACCUUAAAGCACUUUUCAGGCCAUGUGCGAUGGUGAUUCCUGAUUAUGAGUUAAUCUGUGAGAUCAUGUUGGUGGCUGAAGGUUUUAUAGAAGCACGUCUGCUCGCACGCAAGUUCAUCAGCCUCUAUACACUCUGCAAAGAGCUGCUCUCCAAACAGGAUCAUUAUGACUGGGGCUUGAGGGCCAUAAAGUCAGUCUUGGUUGUUGCUGGGUCACUGAAGAGGGAGGAGAGGAGCCGUCCUGAAGAGCAGGUUCUGAUGCGUGCUCUGCGAGACUUUAACCUGCCAAAGGUGGUGACGAGUGAUGUGCCAAUAUUUUUGGGACUUAUAAGUGAUCUCUUUCCUCUUCUGGAUAUCCCACGCAAGAGAGACAAUGAGCUUGAGCAGAACGUACGCCAGUCAGUUGCUGAACUCCACCUGCAGCCAGAGGAGAACUUCAUACUCAAGGUGACCCAGCUGGAGGAGCUGUUGGCGGUGAGACACUCUGUUUUUGUAGUAGGUGGACCUGGAACAGGAAAAAGUCAGAUUCUGAAGACACUGCAUAAGACCUAUUCUAACAUGAAACUGAAGCCCAUCUGGACUGACAUCAACCCUAAAGCUGUCACCACCGAUGAGCUGUUUGGCUUUCUGCACCCAGCUACACGGGAGUGGAAAGAUGGUCUGUUUUCUUCCACUAUGAGAGAACUCUCUGCCAUAUCACAUGAUGGACCGAAGUGGAUUGUUCUAGAUGGAGACAUCGACCCCAUGUGGAUUGAAUCACUGAAUACUGUCAUGGAUGAUAAUAAGGUGCUAACCUUGGCCAGUAAUGAGCGGAUAUCACUGACCCCCUCCAUGCGUUUGCUGUUUGAGAUCAGCCACCUGAAGGCUGCAACACCGGCUACAGUAUCUAGGGCUGGAAUUCUUUACGUGAACCCUCAGGAUCUGGGCUGGAGUUCGUUUGUGACAAGCUGGAUAGACACCCGUCAGGCCCAAUCUGAGCGAGCAAAUCUCACUAUAUUGUUUGAUAAGUAUGUACCCUACUGUCUGGAGCAGGUCAGAUGCAACCUGAAGACGAUCACACCUAUACCUGAGAUGAGCAUGGUACAGACCCUGUGCUGUCUGCUGGACUGCUUGCUGACUGAUGAAAACACCCCUCCGGACUCUCCCCGUGAGCUCUAUGAGCUCUACUUUGUGUUUGCAUGUGUGUGGGCCUUUGGAGGGGCUCUAUUCCAGGACCAUCUAAUAGACUAUCGUUCAGAGUUCAGUCGUUGGUGGUGUAAGGAGAUGAGAGCUGUGAAGUUUCCCUCUCAGGGAUCAGUGUUUGAUUACUACAUCGACCCCAACACCAAACGGUUCACUCCUUGGAGUGAACGCACACCUCCCUUUGAGCUGGAACCCGACAUCCCUUUGCAGACAGUAUUGGUGCAAUCGGCUGAGACGAUCUGCUUGACAUACUUCAUUGAGUUACUUAUGCAGAAGGGGAAGCCAGUGAUGUUGGUAGGAAAUGCUGGUGUAGGGAAAACUAUCCUGGUCUGGGAUAAUAUUUCUAAACUUAAAGAGGAAUUCAUGGUGGCCAAAGUACCUUUCAAUUACUACACAACCUCAGCCAUGUUACAGCGUGUACUGGAGAAACAUCUGGAGAAGAAGGCAGGGCGAAACUUUGCUCCUUAUGGUACUAAGAAGCUCAUCUACUUUGUGGAUGACCUGAACAUGCCUGAGGUAGAUGCAUAUGGCACUGUUCAGCCUCAUACGCUUAUCAGACAGCACCUGGACUACUCCCACUGGUAUGACCGUCAGAGACUAGUCCUCAAGGAGAUCCAUAACUGUCAGUACAUCACCUGCAUGAACCCAACAGCAGGAAGCUUCUCAGUUAACCCUCGGCUACAGAGGCAUUUUUCAGUGUUUGCUGUACAUUUCCCCAGUGCGGAGGCUCUGGCAACUAUAUACAGCAGUAUUUUGAGUGGUCAUUUCCAGCAGGGUGGCUACAGUUUUGGUGUUAGUCGCUUGGCCAAUACACUGGUCCAGGCUGCCAUUUGCCUCCAUCAGAAAAUGAGCCAGAACUUCCUGCCCACAGCCAUUCGGUUUCACUACAUUUUCAACCUCAGAGACAUAUCUAACAUCUUCCAGGGAAUACUCUUCGCUCUGCCAGAGCAUGUGCGGUACCCUAUAGACCUGGUGCAUCUAUGGCUGCACGAGUCUUCUCGUGUGUAUUCAGACAAACUGAUGGAGGAGAAAGAUGUUGAGCUGUUCAACAAAAUUCUGCUAGACACAGGCAAAAGAUACUUUGAGGGUAUAGAUGAGUCUAUAUUUAUCAACCAGCCAUUGAUCUACUCUCAUUUUGCUCAUGGCAUGGGUGAGCCACGCUAUGCACAAGUGACGGACUUGGAGAAGCUUCAGAAGAGCCUGAUGGAUGCUCUUGAGCACUACAAUGAGCUGCACUCUGACAUGAACCUAGUGCUGUUUGAGGAAGCCAUGCAACACAUUUGUAGGAUAAGUCGUAUUCUUGAGUCUCCUAUGGGUAAUGCCUUGCUGAUUGGAGUAGGUGGUAGUGGGAAACAGAGUCUCUGUCGGUUGGCUGCUUUUCUUAGCAUCUUGGAAGUAUUUCAGAUCACACUGAGAAAGGGUUAUGGCAUCAGCGACCUGAGGAGUGAUAUCGCUGCACUGUACAUAAAGGUGGGAGUGAAGAACAUCGGCACAGUCUUCCUGCACACAGAUGCCCAGAUUCCUGAUGAAAGAUUCCUGGUCCUGAUCAACGACAUGCUAGCAUCAGGGGAUAUACCUGAUCUCUUCAGUGAGGAAGAGGUUGAUAUGAUCGUAACCUCUAUUCGUGUGGAGUUGAGGGCGCUUGGUUUGCUGGACACACGUGAAAGCUGCUGGAACUUCUUCAUUGAUCGUAUACGCAGACAGCUCAAGGUGGUGCUGUGUUUCUCUCCGGUUGGCUUCACUCUUCGUACACGUGCACGGAAGUUUCCGGCUCUUGUGAACUGUACCGCCAUUGACUGGUUCCAUCCUUGGCCCCAGCAUGCACUGCAGUCCGUCAGCAGCACUUUUAUACAAAAUAUCUCUGGCCUGGAGCCAGAGGUGCGAGUGUCCAUCAGUGACUUUAUCUCAUUCGCACACACUAGUGUGAAUGAAGUCAGUGUAAAGUAUCAGCAGAAUGAAAAACGUUUCAACUACACCACGCCCAAAAGCUUCCUGGAGUUCAUGAAACUUUACGGCAACCUGCUGGGGACAAAAAGAAGAGAAUUGAGACAGAAGAUGGAACGUCUGGAGAACGGCUUGCAGAAACUACUGAACACUGCAUCACAGGUGGAGGAUCUGAAGGCUAAACUGGCCACACAGGAAGUAGAGUUGCAGCUAAGAAAUACUGAUACUGAAGCUCUCAUCGCUAAAAUUGGCCAACAGAGUGAAAAACUCAGUCAGGAGAGGAGUGUAGCAGAUGCAGAGGAGCAAAAAGUAGAAGCAAUUCAAGCAGAAGUGACCAAACAGCAGCAGGAGACUGAAGCAGAUUUGUGGAAAGCAGAACCGGCUUUACAGGCAGCUAAUGCAGCACUCAACACACUCAACAGGCUGAAUCUAACAGAGUUGCGGACGUUUCCGAAUCCUCCCGCCAUCGUAUCGAAUGUGUCUGCAGCUGUUCUGGUGCUCCUGGCUCCUGGCGGCCGUAUCCCAAAGGAUCGCAGCUGGAAAGCAUCUAAAGUUGUCAUGAGUAAAGUGGAUGACUUCUUACAGGCGCUGGUUAAUUUUGAUAAAGAGCACAUCCCUGAAGCCACAGUGCGUGUGAUCAAAGACGAGUAUCUGAGUGAUCCUGAGUUUAAUCCAGAGUUUGUCCGUCUGAAAUCCUCUGCAGCGGCCGGUCUCUGUGCCUGGGUCAUUAACAUCAUCCGCUUCCACGAGGUGUUGUGUGAGGUGGAGGUGAAGAGGAUGUGUCUGUCUCAGGCCAACGCUGACUUGGCUGAGGCUGCAGAAAAGUUAGAGGUCAUCAGAAAGAAGCUGACCGAGUUGGAUGGUAGUUUGGACACACUGAAAGCUGCGUUUGAAAAAGCAACCUCGGAGAAACUCCGCUGUCAGGAUGAGGUGAACCACACCAACAACACCAUCAAGCUGGCCAACCGCCUGGUCAAGGGUUUAGAGUCAGAAAAUGUCCGCUGGGUUCACUCUGUGGCUCAGUACCGCGAGCAGGAAUCCACUCUGUGUGGAGACGUUCUCCUCACUGCAGCCUUCAUCUCAUACGCUGGCUCAUUCUCAAAGAGAUACAGAGAGGAGUUACUCCAUAACCUCUGGAUGCCUUACCUGCGCGCCCAGAAGGUGCCCAUCCCUAUGACCGAGGGCUUAGAUCCCAUCUCCAUGUUAACAGAUGGCGCUACCAUUGCGAAGUGGAAUAACGAGGGCUUGCCGGGUGAUAAGAUAUCUACUCAGAAUGCCACUGUACUGACCAACUGUGAGCGCUGGCCGCUGCUCAUUGACCCCCAGCUGCAGGGCAUCAAGUGGCUCAAGAGUCGUUAUGGCAACAGCCUGAAGGUCAUUAACCUCAACCAGAAGGGGUAUGUGGAUGUGAUUGAACAGGCCGUGGUCUCAGGACAGCCUGUAUUGAUUGAGAAUCUGGAGGAGACAAUUGAACCAGUUAUUGAUCCAUUACUGGGCCGACACACCAUCAAGAAGGGCAGAUGUAUUAAAGUGGGGGAUAAGGAAUGUUAUUUCCAUCCCGACUUCCGUCUGAUUCUGCACACUAAGCUGGCAAACCCGCACUAUAAACCUGAGAUCCAGGCCCAGACCACCCUCAUCAACUUUACCGUCACACGGGACGGGCUCGAGGACCAGCUGCUCGCGGAGGUGGUCGACCUGGAGAGACCGGACCUCGAACAUCUCAAGUCUGAACUGACUAAACAACAGAACACGUUUAAAAUCGAGUUAAAGCAGCUCGAGGAUGAGUUACUGACACGUCUCUCCGCGGCUGAGAAUAACUUCCUGGGAGACAACGUUUUGGUCGAGAAACUCGAGAGCACUAAACACACAGCUGCCGAGAUUGAGAUGAAGGUGUUGGAGGCGAAGGUUAAUGAGGUGAAGAUUAAUGAGGCUCGUGAACACUACCGGGCCGUGGCUGUCAGAGCAUCCCUGCUCUACUUCAUCAUCAAUGACCUUAACAAGAUCAACCCCAUGUACCAGUUCUCCCUCAAGGCAUUUAACGUUGUGUUCCACAAGGCAGUGCAGAACGCAGAUGCCUCUUCAGAUGUAAAGACCCGUGUAAACACACUGAUAGAUUGUAUCACCUUCUCUACGUUUAAUUACAUCAACAGAGGCUUGUUUGAGAGAGACAAGCUCACCUUCGCAGCACAGCUUACAUUUCAGUUGUUGUUAAUGAGAAAAGAGGUGGAUCCUCGGGAGCUCGACUUUCUGCUGCGCUUCAACAUCGACCAUAGUUUUGCCAGCCCAGUCGACUUCCUUUCCAACACCGCCUGGAGUGCUGUUAAAACAAUGAGCUUCACCGAUGAGUUUCGUGGUCUGGACCGGGACAUCGAGGGCUCACCCAAACGCUGGAAGAAAGUGGUGGAGUCAGAGUGUCCAGAGAAAGAGAAACUCCCUCAGGAAUGGAAAAGCAAGAGUUCGCUCCAGAAACUCAUCCUUAUGAGGGCUCUCCGACCCGACCGGAUGACGUACGCUGUCCGGAACUUUGUGGAAGAGAAACUAGGUGUGCAGUACACCGAGAGCAGGAAGAUGGAGUUUGCACGUUCAUUCAAAGAGUGCGGUCCCGCUUCCCCUGUAUUCUUCAUCCUGUCCCCUGGAGUGGACCCCCUAAAAGAUGUCGAGUCCCUGGGCAAGAAGCUGGGUUUCACAAUAGACCUGGGGAAGCUCCAUAAUGUGUCUCUGGGCCAGGGCCAGGAAUCUGUGGCUGAACUUGCCAUGGAAAAGGCCUCUAGAGAGGGCCACUGGGUCAUUCUACAGAACAUUCACCUGGUGGCAAAGUGGCUGGGAAGUCUUGAGAAGCUUCUCGAAUGUUGCUGUGAGAACAGUCACCAAGACUACAGAGUGUUCAUGAGUGCAGAACCCUCUCCCACUCCACAGGAACACAUCAUUCCACAGGGAAUUCUGGAAAAUUCCAUCAAAAUCACUAACGAGCCACCCACAGGCAUGCUGGCCAACCUACAUGCUGCUCUGGACAACUUUGAUCAGGACAUUCUGGACCAGUGUUCCCGUGAGCAGGAGUUUAAGACCAUCCUGUUCUCGCUGUGUUAUUUUCACGCUUGUGUGGCUGAAAGGAGGAAAUUUGGGCCACAGGGCUGGAACAGGAAGUACCCUUUUAACACAGGGGAUCUCACCAUAUCAGUGAAUGUGCUCUACAACUACCUAGAAGCCAACUCACAGGUACCAUGGGAAGACCUUCGGUACCUGUUUGGUGAGAUCAUGUAUGGAGGUCACAUUACUGAUGACUGGGACAGGAGACUGUGCAGAACUUACCUGGAAGAAUACAUGCAACCUAAUCAGUUUGACAGGAAGUUGUCACUGGCCCCAGGAUUGGUUGUGCCUUCUAACUUGGAUUACCAAGGCUAUCAUGCGUACAUAGAUGAGAUGCUUCCCCACGAAAGCCCAGUGCAUUAUGGGCUUCAUCCAAACGCUGAGAUUGAGUUUCUUACAGUGACGUCAGACGGCCUCUUCCACACUCUUCUGGAGCUGCAGUACAGAGACUCCACCAUGGGUGAAGGAGCCUCACAGACCACCGAAGAGAAGGUGAAGACAAUCUUGGAUGACAUCCUGGAGAAGCUACCAGAAGAGUACAACAUGUCUGACAUCACGUCCAAAACAGCCGAGCGCUCGCCCUACAUUCUGGUGUGUUUCCAGGAGUGUGAGCGUAUGAACACGCUCCUCAAUGAAAUCAGACGCUCGCUCAAAGAGCUGGACCUGGGGCUGAAGGGAGAGCUGGCAAUUUCAUCCGAGAUGGAGCAGAUACAGACAGCUCUGUUUUUUGAUAAUGUUCCUGAUACCUGGACCAGACUGGCCUACCCCUCUAUAUACAGCCUCGGACAGUGGUACAAUGACGUGUUACUGCGCUGUAGAGAGUUAGACAGUUGGACUCAUGAUCUCUCUCUGCCUAGUGUGGUCUGGAUCUCUGGUUUAUUUAACCCUCAGUCGUUUCUAACAGCUGUGAUGCAGAGUUUGGCACGCAAGAACGAAUGGCCGCUGGACAAGAUGAAUUUGACGGUGGAUGUGACCAAGAAGUUCAAAGAGGAGUUUAACCAGCCGGCCAGAGAGGGAGCCUACAUCUAUGGCCUUUACAUGGAGGGUGCACGCUGGGAUAUUCAGGGUGGGACAAUCGCAGAAGCACGCCUGAAAGAACUGACUCCCAGCAUGCCUGUUAUAGCUGUUCGAGCCAUCCCGAACGACCGCCAGGAGACGCGCAAUACCUACGAAUGCCCCGUCUAUAAAACCAAACUACGUGCCAACACGUAUAUCUGGACCUUCAGCCUUAAGACCAGAGAGAGGCCAGCAAAAUGGGUUCUUGCAGGGGUCGCUCUGCUGCUUAGUGUGUGAUGCUGGGAAACACAGGAAAGGACAUUCAUUUAUUUUAACAAGAAAAGCUUCUUGUAGGUAAAAACGUCACCUGGUCUUUCUUACUCUACAGUGUGCAUUAGUUGGACAAACUUUAAACUGGUUUUAGCCUGAUUUGAGCUAUAAAAGCAAAAUAUAUUAUAUUGUUGUCAUUUCAGUGGUGAUUUACA